UGUUGUUGUUGCCGCCGCCCUAAGCCGUUCAUGAACCAACCUAGACACGGUCUUGCGGGCACGAUUCGAUCCCUUUAGUUCGUGGAAUCGAAUCGUUACACGUCUAUUUGUGGGUGUUCAGUUUGCGGGGGAGCGGUGGCGCAGCGGUUAGCGCCACGCUGGGCUAACAACCCGGCGACCCCGAGUUGGAUUCCCGCUCACGGCCACCAACACCGCAACUCUUUCGGCGAUGGCUCUCCCCGGCUGCCUGCGUUCGGCCGCCGUGGUCCGGACCCUGGCGAUGGCGACGUUGAUCACGGCGGUGUUGGCGGCCGCGACCGGGGACGAGAGGCGGUCGUCGCGCGUGCACGAGCACGAGCGGCCGCUGAGCGAGCACGUUCACGACGACGAUCACGAUCACGAGUUCGACCACGAGGCGUUUCUGGGCGCCGAGGAGGCUCGAACCUUCGACCAGCUGAGCCCCGAGGAGAGCAAGGAGCGUUUGGGGAUGAUUGUGACGCGCAUCGACGAGAAUGGGGACGGGCUGGUGACGGAGACGGAGCUCACCGAGUGGAUCCGCCACGCGCAGCGGCGCUGGGUGCUGGAGGAGGCGGAGCGGCAGUGGAGCAGCCACGACCUGGACGGUGACGGCUACGUCAACUGGGCCGAGUACAAGAAUGCCACCUACAGCUACCUAGCCGAGGAGGACCCCGAGGACCCGGACGGGUACCGGGCGAUGGUUCUCCGGGACGAGCGCCGCUUCCAGGCAGCGGACGUGGACGGGGAUGGGCGGGCAUCACGCAACGAGUACGCGGCCUUCCUGCACCCCGAGGAGCACCCGCACAUGCGCAACCUCGUCGUCACGGAAACUAUUGAAGACAUUGAUAAAAACGGCGACGGCUUCAUCAACGUGGAUGAGUAUAUAGGAGACAUGUACAGCGAGGAGAGCGAGGAGGGCGACUCUGAGUGGGUGGAAUCGGAGCGGAAGCAGUUUGCAGAACUCCGCGAUACGGAUGGCGACGGGCUGAUGGGGCAUGACGAGGUGGCCGCCUGGAUCCUGCCCGACGACUACGACCAGGCCGAGGCCGAGUCCAAGCACCUCAUCCAUGAGUGCGACGAUGACCAGGAUGGGAAUCUGACGAGGGAGGAGAUUAUCGCUAAGUACGACCUGUUUGUGGGCAGCCAGGCCACAGACUUUGGGGAGGCUCUCAUGCGGCACGAUGAGUUAUGAGCCGCAUGCACACACGCACACAUGACGUACACGUGCAUGCAUACACCGGUGAUGCACACACGUGCUCAUGACACGUGCUUAUGACACGUGCACUCGCAUCAAUCACAGUGCCCUUUUUGGCCUAGGUGAAACUGUUUGGACAAGCGCUGUUAGAGAAUGCUCAUUAAGGCCAGGGCAGUGAAGCAAGCAAUAUGCAGCCUCAACCACUUUGGUCUUUUCUUUGCCGAUGUUCACAUGCUGCACCAGGUAAUCACUUCAGGCCAAGUUGACCUUAGGGGAAGCCCAAGUAAAGUUCGCCAGUGUCCUGUACUAGAAGUUGAACCCCGAGUUGCUUGGACCGUAACAUUGUAUCCUAAACAUCGCGGCAUGGGAACCCAUUGUCGUGUCGCAGACUAACACCUACACUCACCAACACACGCAGCGCAUGAGUAACUGUGUGCAUACUCCACUGCACGCGUGUGCAUUAUAUCCACGUGCACACAGGUAGAUGCCCGUAAACCAUGUGCAUAUGAAUAGGCAGCACACACUCGGGGGAGAGCACAUGUCUGGUUGCAAGGAAUACAUCACGUAGCUUACAGAUUACUGGCUCCCACUAUACAGACCACCCCAAGGCAAUGUCAACCUCCCCGAAUCACUCGAUGCCAACCCAGUCCCCAGGGCCUUCUAAAGCCAUCCCGUGUUACCAUGGGCAUGCUCAGUGUCCCUCGGGCCUUCCAGGCCUUGCCACAUUUAAUAAGCUGAGUCGACACAUGAGCAAACUGUUAACUUUCCGUCUUCCAAUUGUGAGUCGGGCACUCCGAAUUAUAGCCAACAUACCACGAGCACUUUUUAUGAUGCAGUUUUUUUGUCACUGAGCAGAUCAAAAUGAUUUAACACGCAAACUUGUUUACACACAAUGAUUUAUCAGGAUUGGACGCUAGCAUCUUUGAGGAGCUAGCUCAUAUUCCUGACAUGGGCCUCUGAGCUAUCUGGUUACCUCGCUUUCAUGCUUUCAAUAGUAACUCAAAGGCUUGCCCGAAACCAGGGUUAAUUGUGGUGGUGUGGUGAGCGUAAGUGUCCCGUCUAAGUGUGUGUGCAAGCAGUGGAGGCUGUGAACGCUAUUAAAGUACAGAACGUUGAUUUGCUGGUGGCACAGGGACAUGCAUUUAUCUAUUGUGCUUAUAUCCAUUAAAGGUUUCUGAGUUUCAGUUCAUUGUUUAAAUACGUUGUGUCUAGUGGAAUAAAGAAGGUUAGUAUAAGGUAUAGAAUGGGGUGAUUCUAUGAAAGAGGUAGAGACAGGGCGAUUGAUGUAUACGUAUUUCAGAAGGAAUUGAGACCUGGGGACAUAUGAGACCCUGUUUUCCAAAAUUCUGUUCCGAGAAGAAAACGUGGUAUUUUAAACUGCAGUCAACAGGACACUUUAUAAUUCCAUAUACAGUACAUCAUGUUGUCAAAAGCGCUGCCCACUUUAUUCAAAAUUACACUAAAUUAGGAGUUGACAGUUGGGAUGAAAAUGUACUGAAUAUCAUUUUUAAGCUGAGAUGUUUACAACAAUUCCAUAAGGAAUCUUAAAACGAUCUGAAUGUACUGCACUCGAUGAUCUUCCAGAUAUUAGCACUAAUAUAUUAUCAUAAAGUAAACUACCUAAAUGCCCCAUUGUGGCCAAAAUCUUGGUCUCCUGGAACUGAUUCCGAGGUUGAAAAAUGGCUUCAUGUUCCACCCAGCCUUAGAUUUCACAAGCCGAGAAACGUUAAAUUUCACAUUGGUUCCAUCCUUUUAGCAAUGUAUUGUCCAACUGGAAGUACAACAAUAUUAUAAUUGCUUAUCUAUACGAGCCAAGAAUACAUAUAUAGGGCAGUGGAGAAGAGGUGGCUUUGCUCUAAAGUCUAAAGGAACGUACUUCGGUUUACAGGACCUAUUGAAAGCUGUUUGGUCUCUAGCACCACGACUGCUCUGGAGGGCAUUCUAAACAUCUAGAUCCUCUACCACCGUCAAGAGUCCACUCAUAUAAGCGAAUCACAUAGCUAUGCUGUGCGAUGGUCACGGUUGCUGUAUCGGGAGUGCAUGGUGUUUUUCAGUUGAAUGGAGUUUUUCACGUGAAAGAAAGUUACAUGAAAGAGGUUCCAUCUGAUCUGAAGAUUAUCAAUCCACAAUGCCUCUUAAACAUAUGGCCUAAAUCUCUCUUAAAACCUACGAGCGCUAAAGUGGGUUAAAAUUAUAGCCUACCCAGAUUGCUUAUGUCAUCGAAAUUAAAGCUCAAAUUAAUGGUGACCACAAUUGAAAUCCACGUGAGCAGCACGUGUUCAUUACCUACAAUUGGAAGCCCUUCAGAGCUAAUCAAUUUUAUCCGUGGACUUUCGCUCGUAUGAAUACAAAUACAAUUUUUUAUAAGUGACAUACCAAUAAUGAUCGGAGGAAAUCUCAAAUAACCGUUGAAUCGAAUCAUUUCAAUCAAAAAGGAAGAAAGUCUAAAUUUGGUAAGUGUUCAAGUCGAAAUCAAAAUGGUUCACGCACGCCGCGUGAUGCUGCUGCUGCUGCUGCGUGCCUUGGAGUCGGGUGCAGCCCACGGGUCUGCAGCUCGCCGUGGAACGGGUGAUCGUGUAAAGAUGCGCAAAUGCGCUCGGAAACCCAACUGCCAAUGAAGAUGGAUAGGCUGUAACCACCUCAUUGCUGUUGCUUCAACGAAAUACACAGCUCUUAACUCAAUGCUACGUUCACACUGAAAUGACACUUAAAUAAA